AUGUCUUACAGCGUGACCCUGACCGGGCCUGGACCCUGGGGCUUCCGUCUACAGGGGGGCAAGGACUUCAACAUGCCGCUCACUAUCUCCCGGAUCACACCGGGCAGCAAGGCGGCCCAGUCCCAGCUCAGCCAGGGUGACCUUGUGGUGGCCAUUGAUGGCGUGAACACGGACACCAUGACCCAUCUGGAGGCCCAGAACAAGAUCAAGUCUGCCAGCUACAACCUGAGCCUCACAAUGCAAAAGUCAAAGCGUCCCGUUCCCAUCUCCACAACAGCACCCCCAAUCCAGUCUCCUCUACCAGUGAUUCCCCACCAGAAGGACCCUGCUCCGGACACGAACGGCGGCCUGGUGGUGCCCAGCCCUGACCCUGAAGCGAGGGCCAGCCCCGUCAGCCUGGGCACCCCGGAACUCAGGCAGACCUUUAGCUCCUCCUUCUCCCAGACCUCCAUCUUCUCACAAACAGAGGCUUCUGACUCCAGCCCUCCACAGGGCAUUCCGGGGGCCAAGACAAGCCCGGAGGGGGCCCUGGACUCACUGAGCCCCAAAGCACCACUGGGCUCGAGCCAGCCAAGGCAGUAUAACAACCCCAUUGGCCUGUACUCGGCAGAGACCCUCAGGGAGAUGGCUCAAAUGUAUCAGAUGAGCUCCCGAGGGAAGGCCUCAGGUGCUGGACUCCCAGGAGGCGCUGACUACCAGGAACGCUUCAACCCCAAUGCUCUGAAGGACUCAGCCCUGUCGACCCACAAGCCCAUCGAGGUGAAGGGGCUGGGUGGCAAGGCCACCAUCAUCCAUGCACAAUACAACACGCCCAUCAGCAUGUACUCCCAGGACGCCAUCAUGGAUGCCAUCGCCGGGCAGGCCCAGGCCCAGGGCAGUGACUUCAGUGGGAGCCUUCCUAUGAAAGACCUCGCUGUAGACAGCGCCUCACCUGUCUAUCAGGCUGUGAUUAAGAACCAGAACAAGCCUGAAGACGAGGCUGAUGAGUGGGCCCGCCGCUCCUCCAACCUGCAGUCUCGCUCCUUCCGCAUCCUGGCUCAGAUGACAGGGACAGAAUUUAUGCAAGACCCUGAUGAAGAAGCUUUGCGAAGGUCAAGGCCCCAGGCUUCUGCCUACAACCCUGCUGCUGUGACCUCUCCCACACCUGCUGCCCAUACAUACAGUGAGGCCCCAGCUGCCCCUGCACCCAAACCCCGGGUUGUCACCACUGCCAGCAUCCGACCCUCUGUCUACCAGCCAGUGCCUGCAUCUACCUACAGCCCAUCCCCCGGCGCCAAUUAUAGUCCAACUCCCUAUGCCCCCUCACCUGCCCCUGCCUACACCCCCUCACCUGCCCCUACCUACAGCCCCUCUCCUGCCCCUGCCUAUACCCCCUCUCCUGCCCCCACCUAUACCCCCUCUCCUGCCCCCACCUAUUCCCCUUCCCCAGCACCGACCUAUACCCCCUCACCUGCCCCAAGUUAUAACCCCCCACCCUCGGGGGCCUAUAGUGGGGGCCCUGCGGAGACUGCUAGCCGCCCACCAUGGGUGACAGAUGACAACUUCUCUCAGAAGUUUGCCCCUGGCAAGGGUACCACCUCCAUCAGCAAGCAGACUCUGCCUCGAGGGGCCUAUACCCCAACAGGUGCCCCCCUUGCCAGGGGCAUUGUUCAGAGGGCUGAGCGCUUCCCAGCCAGUAGCCGAACUCCACUCUGCGGUCACUGCAACAACAUCAUUCGGGGCCCCUUCCUGGUAGCCAUGGGUCGCUCCUGGCACCCAGAAGAGUUCAACUGUGCCUACUGCAAGACCUCCCUGGCAGACAUGUGCUUUGUGGAGGAGCAGAACAAUGUUUACUGUGAACGGUGUUACGAGCAGUUCUUUGCCCCAAUCUGUGCCAAGUGCAACACCAAAAUCAUGGGGGAAGUGAUGCAUGCCCUGAAACAGACCUGGCACACCACCUGCUUCAUCUGUGCAGCCUGCAAGAAGCCCUUUGGGAAUAGCCUCUUCCACAUGGAAGAUGGGGAGCCCUAUUGUGAGAAAGACUACAUCAACCUGUUCAGCACCAAGUGUCAUGGAUGUGACUUCCCUGUGGAGGCUGGUGACAAGUUUAUCGAAGCCCUGGGGCACACCUGGCACGAUACCUGCUUCAUUUGUGCGGUCUGCCAUGUGAAUCUGGAGGGGCAGCCAUUCUACUCCAAGAAGGACAGACCCCUGUGCAAGAAGCACGCACACGCCAUCAAUGUGUAGGGAGCCCGGACAUCUGCUGUGGUCAGACCACGACCCCUCCUGCUGCUGUCAACAAAGGAUUCAAGGAGACUGCUGUUUCUUUUGGGGGGCAAAGGAAAAGGCAGGAAGCAAAAGAGUCCUAUUGAAGUAUAACUUUAGUCCUUUCUUCUGCAUACAGAUCUUGCAUUUGCUUAUUUCUGACUAGAAGCCAAAUGAAGAUUCUUAAUGAAACUAGUCAUUCAUCCAGGACUGGAAUUGUACUUCAAACAUUUAGGACAGAAUUCCAAGAACUCAGAAGUGAAAAACAAUUGGUAACUUUCCCAAAGUGAUACCGUUCCCUGAGGUCACCAGAGCAGGGACAGAGCUCAGAGCAGUUGUGGAGAAUGGGAGGCAUUCUGUGAGUUCUUCGGUGCUCCUUGGCAAGCAAAGCAAAGUGCCAAACAGUACUCACUGCAGGGUAUUUUUAGAGCCAUAGCUGAGAGCUUGUUAGCUAAGACCAAUUGGACUUUCCUCACCAAAAAAGGAAGUGUUAUUCCAUUACUAGCGUCAUGGAGCUACCUCUGCACAUCAGACUUCAGACCUUGAACAGACUUGAACAUUCUAAAGGGAGCCCAGAAAUUCCAAGAGAUGUCUUCUGGGAGGAGCUGGGCAGCUGAAAGGGCUUUGUGAGGGGCUGUGGCUCUCUGUAGACAGCUAGGAGAUGGGCUCCUCACCUACCCUCUUUCAGUCUGAAACAGCCAAUAACCCCAGAAAGCUUAGCUCCUUUUUGAAUUGUAAUGGGAAAGUGGAAUUUUUUUUUUUUUCAGUUUUGCUUUGCUGUGUGUGAGAUGAGAUUUUGAAACCACUCUGGGUUGUGUUUGCCUUUGUCUUGCUUUAGGAGAUUUAUUAGUAUGAAUGUCUAGUCUUGGGCAUGCAUUUCACUCCAAUCACAUGACUGCUCACUUAUAAAGUCUUCCUCAGCACCCUCCCCCCAACAGACCUAGUGACCUGUGGAAAAGAAGAGAGACAGCAUCUGCAAAAGGAUGGCAGAAUAGGCUGAAAACACACCCAAAGCUCCAGGUGGAGAAGAGGAACCAUACUUUCUGCCAACCUCAGUAUGAAUGCACGGCUUGGCAGGACCUCUCACUGCAGAGCAACCCCAUCCUUCACAUAUAUUCCUUUAAAACCCUGCACACAAGCCAUUUAUAUUGACUGCAGGAGGAUAAGAUAUACACUCACUUGCCAUUUUGGCCAAUAUUUUGAAAAUGUGCACGCUGAACUGAUCGAACAAUUACUUAAGCAUGUAUUGAAACAGACUUGGGUCUUCAAACUUCUUUAAGAUAUUAGUGAUAGUUCGAGUUAAGUAAGCAUUUAAAGCUGUUGGGUAAUAGAGAAGUUUAGCUUAGAGGUUGGAAAAGGUAGUCUCUUUCUCCCUUUUAGGAAGUGCUAUUAUUAUGCUCUUUGAAAAUGAUAGUGAAGCAGGUAGUUUGAGUGGAUGUUUCUCACCUGAGCACAGUGCCUAGGCAGUCCUCCAACUCACUGCUACUCUUGCCUCACUCCUGUUUUAGGUUUUCUCUUUGCACGUUUGAAACAUUUUGUGGGAAUGCAUUAGAAUAUUUUUUCUUCUGAGAACUGAGGUUGCCAGGGGACUGCCAUUCUACCUGAGCAUGUCCCUUGUCCCCAAGGGAGAAGAAAAUAGCUAGCUGUGCCCCUGUGUUUUUUUCCAGAGGCAAAGCCAGCCUCCUCCAGGGAGCACCAAGAGGGACAUAAAUGUGCUCCUACCAAGGGCCCUUCUUUACCUUAGGUGCAGUGAGAAAGUAAAGAUAAAGCACCAGGCAGAGCUUGAAAUUUGCUGCAAGUGCCUGGAGAUUUUUCAGGAGUUGCAAACAAGAACUUCAGAGCAUUCUGCUGUUUUUGAAGAGUUCAAAUAUAUAGGAACAAGGAUGUAGUUGACUGUACAGAAAGGCUCGAGGCAGGUUUUCUAAAAAAAUCUGAUAAAUUAUCUGGGACUGGUCUUGAGGAAAAGGGAAAAAAAGUUCCCUAGAGUUAAGUUUCCAAAAUAUCUUUUUGAAGGGUUUAUACACAUGUGCAUGGGCACAUACACAUGUAUAAUCAUUAAAGAGUAUAUGAUUAUUAAAAUGAAAAGUGAAAUAUCUCAAAGGAGAACUUCAUCAUUAUCAUUUAUUGAACUGGUUUUUCUAUACCUCAGGGGUAUUAUAGGUUCUGAGGACCUGUUUUGUUUUUUUUUUUACCAAAACACCAACCAACCAACCAACCAACCAACCAAGCAAAAAGCAUGGUAAAGGUAGCAAGGAGAGGAGGUAGUUGUGAAUAUGGGUCCCUCCAUUUUAUCAGUCUGGUGUAGUGUUAUGGUUAAGGUUGCAGCUAUUUAAGUUAACUCUAAUGGAUGUCCUACAACACAAAACACAAUUUUUAAUAGUUUAUGGUGGGGAGAUUCAUUUUGGAUCUAUGGUUCUUGUUUCUUCACUGUCGACAUUUAUUUAACAUUUAUAAACAUUAACCUUUUUGCAAUGGAGUGACUUAUAACUGCAGUGUUUGUAUUAGGAAUCUAGCUUUUUAUAAUGUUAACUUUUCAAUGCAGAUACUUUUGCUUUGUUUCUUUUUUUAAUUUUCAGAUGUCAGAAGUGGAAUGUAGCAUGUUAGAGGUGUGUAUAAAAAUAUCUUGCGUGUUUUUUUUGGGGGGGGGCACGUGUGAAUUUUACUUUCUAGCAAAAUAAAACCCAAAAAGGAUGU